UUACUUAUAUCUAAACUAAGAAAUGUUAUAAAUAUCAUAAAAGGGGAAGCAGCAGAAAUAAAAUUGAAAGAGAGAAUGAGAAAGAGUAGCAGAUGCUUUUCAGUAACGUUGACGUAUACUAAUUUGAUAUCUUAGACGUAAAGAUAGAGAAAUGAACAUUUUUUUGCUCAUUAGCAGUUGGUAGAUAAUAGUAUUAAAUCAUGAGACAUAAAUUGAUAUGUUAGUUCCGUUUGCUGUGAACACUAUCAAUGCAGCAAAUGUUCUGCAUGAUUACAACUCUUCCGGUGAUGCAAAUAAGAAGGAAAACCUUUGUUUGAGUUAAUGAAUUAAAAACUAUUUGAAAGUGGUCUGUAGAACAGUAUAAAUCAGAGAGAUGGCAACUGAAGUUACAGAGUCACAACCUUUCAAAAACUUAAAAGAAUUAUUUGAUAAUGUGGGUAAUUUAAAACCAUGGCCAGAAAUUAAAGAACUAAGAGAUUCAACUGAUUAUGUGUACAGUGGUUUAGAAAUAAGCGCAGAAAGAAUGCAGUUAGAAAAAUUGGAUAGAGAAGUACAACCGAGAACGUUGCUUUGUCAUGAUAUGAAAGGCGGUUACCUAGAAGACAGAUUUAUAUAUGGAUCAGAAUCUUAUGAUUCUUACCUAUUUUAUCAUUGGAGUGUUAUCGACACAUUUGUGUAUUUUAGUCAUCAUUUCAUAACUGUGCCACCUUUUGGAUGGAUUAAUGCAGCACAUAAGCAUGGUGUAAAAGUUCUUGGUACUGUAAUUACAGAAAGAGAAGGUAUCUGGGAUGUUAUACUUGAAUCUCAGGAAGAAGUAAGAAGGUUCGCAGAUGCACUAAUACUUGUUGCAAAAUUUUAUAAGUUCGAUGGCUGGUUAUUAAAUGUUGAAAAUACCAUUAAAAGUGAGCAAGUUAAUAAUUUAAUUUAUUUUGUAAAAUAUCUGACAGAAAAUAUUCAUGAAGCAAUUAAAAAUUCUGAAAUUAUAUGGUACGAUAGCGUAACCAAUGAAGGAAAAUUAAAUUGGCAAAAUGAGCUUAAUAGUAAAAACAUAGAUUUCUUUUUAAACUGCGAUGGCAUUUACUUGAAUUAUAAUUGGACGAAAUCAAAAUUGGAAAACAGUUUGGCACUUGCAAAAAAUCACAACAGAGAUAUUCAUGAUAUUUACGUAGGACUUGAUAUUUGGGGAAGAGGUUGUCCUGGUGGUGGUGGAUUUAAUUCAACAUAUGCUUUACAAAAAAUACGACACGAAGGACUUUCUGUUGCGAUUUUUGGUCCAGGUUGGACUCACGAAUAUUUUGGAUCUAAGACAUUCCAAGAAAUAGAAGAUCUAUUUUGGGCACAGUUGUUUCCUUAUUUAUAUGUUCAUGUACCUAUCUAUGAAGAAGAAGUAUUCAAAACAUCAUUUUGCCGUGGCAGUGGUAGCUUGUAUUAUCGCUGCGGUCAGGCAUUAUAUGAAAAGGAAGGAAGAAAAUUUAAAUACAAACCAUUUUACAAUUUAUCCCUGCAAAAUCCACAAAUUUCAGUACCUACACCGCACAUGAAAUUUACAUCCUCUCCUCAACUUCCAGAAGCGAAAAGUGAAAACGAUCGAAAUGAGUGUACAAAAGAACCGAUACAAUAUGUUUAUGAAACGAAGAAGAAUGUUAUUCGAGUAUUACAAAAUGUUGUAAAUAUUGAAAAUAAAAUGCCAAUGCUGUAUGUAAAUAGCUUCGAAUUUUGUAGCCAGUUUUCUUUCGAAGGUGGUGGUUGCAUAAAAUUAACUACAAAUGAUCUUACGACUAGGUCAUAUCACAGACUAUUUCUCGUUCACAUCGAAUUUCAACAAGACAUUGUAGCAAUCAUUGCUUAUAAAGAAAUGGAGUCGUCCAUAGCAAACGGAAGUCAACACGAACCAAUACUAGUUCUCGGCAAUAAUACCGGCUUGAAAUCAAUCGUUCAUUAUAAAUCAAGGGAUUUGGCUUCAGACUGGAAAAAAUGCGUUUACCUGACGAACAUGAGGACUGUGAACGAAAUUGGUAUAUCCUUCGUGAGGAGUAACGUCUGCUAUCUGGGAAAGAUCAUCCUCAAACAAAAGCAGCGACACCUGAACGCUAACUCUACCGCUGAUAUUGCUACCAGGAUUCAAUCAUCAUUUCCAAAUACAACGUCGAAUAAAUCUAUCGCUGAAAAUAUUGCAAAUGUUAAAUUCGAUAUUGACAGUGCUGGUCAAGAAGAGACUGAUGUUACAAUAUCUAAAAAUAACUUUACAUGCGACACGUUUGAAAAAAGAAGUAAAACAAAUAAAGCAAAGAUAGCUGAAAAUGGAGAUUCGUCGAUCUCAAAAACUAGUAUUCGCCUUCAAAGGAAUGGAGGUAUUGAUGUAAAGACUGAUGUGAAACAAGAUUCAGAAAAUCUGAAGAAAAACUCAACGCCAGAAUUUCCAGCGACUAAGACUUUUAGUGUAUUAUCAGCUUUUAGUACAGUACCUCUUUUUCCAACUUCAUUGUCUCCCAAUUUGUUUGAUGCUCUAACAUUGCAAGAUAACAAAUAUGCAAAAACUGUACAAACACUUCAUCCAGUUUCCAGUACAUGCCAAGAAGAAUGGAUCCACAAACGGAAUAACCUUGAACUUGUAACUCCCAAAUCAUCAAUUUUAACACCAACUACUUCUAGUUUAUCUAAUAAACAACAUGCAUUUGGUGACACCAGUACGAGUCAAUUUCUUACUUCUCCAACGUCAAAAAGCAAAGAGUCAGCGUGUGAUAACGCAGGGAGUAGAUCUACGCCUUUCUGCAGCAAUGCAACAACAACAACAUUAUCAAGUCCAACACUCCAAGUAUCUACUGCAUCACAAACUUUGCAUGAUUCUGCAACAUCCAAAGCACCAAUUUUAACACAAAAUACUUUUAGUUUAUUUAAUAAACAACACGCAUUUGGUGACACUAGUACGAGUCAAUUUCUUGCUUCUCCAACGUCAAAAAGCAAAGAGUCAGCGUGUANUAACGCAGGGAGUAGAUCUACGCCUUUUUGCAGCAAUGCAACAACAACAACAACAUUAUCAAGUCCAACACUCCAAGUAUCUACUGCAUCACAAACUUUGCAUGAUUCUGCAACAUCCAAAGCACCAAUUUUAACACCAAAUACUUUUAGUUUAUCUAAUAAACAACAUGCAUUUGGUGACACCAUUACGAGUCAAUUUCUUACUUCUCCAACGUCAAAAAGCAAAGAGUCAGCGUGUGAUAACGCAGGGAGUAGAUCUACGCCUUUCUGCAGCAAUGCAACAACAACAACAUUAUCAAGUCCAACAUUCCAAGUAUCUACUGCAUCACAAACUUUGCAUAAUGCAACGCCUGUUAUACAUGUACAUCAAACAUUUAUAUUUAACGCCAUUCCUAGUGAACCAGCUGGAAUGCCUACGACUCUGUUCAAUUUUUCUGCGAAUAUCAAACCUGCUGUAUCAACUCAGAAUCAAGCAUCAAUUAAUUUCCCCGGUUUUACAUUUAACAUACCUUAUCCGGAACUAGCAGUAUUUCCUCAAUGUACAACUACAAGUUCAUUUUCUACGUCGCAACCUGUUACGCAAAGUCAACAAUUGUCUACUUCAUCUUCUAUUCCUUUAAAAUGCGCGUUUGAUUUUGAUUCGUCACCAGGUGAUUGUACAGCUGAACCUGCUCCAAUCCAAUCUGAUGGAUUUAAUUUUAAUCCUCCUAAUACUAGACCAUCGUUCCAUUUCAAUGUUUACAAAUUUAAUGCGCCUAUUCAAGUACAACGAGAUACUGCGUCUAAUCAAGUACAACGAAGUACUGCGUCUACUCAAGUACAACGAAGUACUGCGUCUACUCAAGUACAACGAGAUACUACGUCUAAUCAAGUACAACGAAGUACUGCGUCUACUCAAGUACAACGAAGUACUGCGUCUACUCAAGUACAACGAAAGUACAGGAAAGAUUUUAGAAGAUUAAAAUAGGGGUCAAAUAACAGCAUUUUUUUUAUACAGUUGUUCAUGAAAGUUGCUUAUAUUCUCGUAGAAGGCAUCCUUUACGAAUAUACUAUAUGUCUUGUAAGAAACAUUUUGAAAUGUCAUCAGUAUUGUAACAAAUACAAAACAUAAAACACUUAACACAA